UAUUUGAAUCAAUAACCAGUGUAUGCAACUUCAUUAGGGUUAGGGUAAUCAGGUGGAUUCAUACAUAGUUUCGAUUUAGACAGGACUCGAUUUCGUGAUUAGGUUUCGACAUUAGCUGAGUAUGUUUGGCAACACAACUCUCUAUUUCGUGAUUCUCGAGGUUAAUUUUUUGAAGGUGUGAACCACUUGGUAAUUUUGCUGAUUACAUAAUUGGGAUGUGUGCUCUGUUUUUGAGCUAUUGAAUCCGUCGUUUGCAGCUAGGAGCUGGUACUUACUUUCCUGGUUUAGUAGCUGCACAGGUUGGGGGCUAAUGUCAAUCUUACUGAUGAUGCAACUAAACCUGAGGUUUUGGAAAAUAUGAGAAGACUCUGUCAACUUAACAAGCUCUUUUUAAUGUUAAUUGGCGUGAUAAAUGUCAAGUAAUGAAGCAAGACGGAAUUGGAGGUUAAAUCCUCCGGCAAAGCCAAGCUUGAGCUUCCACCUGAUUCACGGCGGCUUCUCAUUCAUGGCUCUUCUCCAUGCUGUUCCGUUCAGCUCAGGCCAUGAGUUUCAUCUCUUCUCCAGUCAAUCCGACCAAAGCUUCCUUUGGAAUCCCAGGUACAUCUAAUCUCUCUCUUUAUACACACUUAGGACACGUUUUGCUUUCUCUCUAUUUAGACAAAAAAAUAAAUAAUAAUUAUUAUAAAGUAUUGCACAUACACACAUGAGUCCUCCUUGCACUAUAUUCGAACAACGACAAAAACAAUUAGUUUUGGAUUUGAGUCCUUAAACUUGCGUGCUUCCAUAAACCACUGGUUGUAAUUACUAGGUAUGGUAAAAAGAAAAAAAGAAAAAAGUAAGUCUAUACGCACACAUGAGUGGUCGAUCACUCAAUCUCCAACAGAAGAAUAAAAGCUAGAGAGCAAAUGUUGAAACGCUGCAUCUUGCCAAGCCACUUUUUUUGUUUUACCAAUCUGUAAAGGUAAAAUGCACCACACAUAGACACGGUUACUCAAUGUGGGUUACUCAUUGUGGGAGAGAGUAUGAGUAUGAUAGGAUGGUGACAUAAAAAAAGAACAAGAAGAAGAGUCACGCAAGCAAAGCAAAGAGAUGCAUCAUCUCUCCGCUAUAAAAACAGAGUCUGGGGUAACUCAAAACAUCAUAGCAAGAGAGAGCAAGAGCAAGCGAGAGAGAUUCAAAUAUCAAAAGGAAAAGUUAGUUAUUCUUUCAAAACAAAAAAAAUGGGGGUCGUUGCAUUCGAGUGGAAUGAGAGAGGCAACAACCAACUGCUGCUGAUGAUGAACAGGGACAAUUGGUAUUCCAGGGCCAUAAGAGAGGUGGCUUGGAAUGACUCUGAGGAGUACUUGAGUGGCCAUUGUGAAGCCAACCCUACUUUGUUUUGGCUGGGUGUUUCAAAGAAAGGCCGAGUCGCAUUUCUCGUCAGUUCUACGUUAAUGCUUGACCAAAUUGAUGGAAUCAGAGGACCCGAUCGUUAUCCAGAUGUUUUCCUACGUGACCACACGAGUCCACAGGAGUUUGCCGAAAACCUAGUACUUGAUGAACACACGGAUGAAGGGCAUGUCUUUAGCCUUAUUGUCGCAGACGUCAAUUGUCCUUCGAUGAUACAUAUCAGGAAACCCGACGCAGAUGAGUCGAAUUUCAUAGUAGAACGCGUUCCCUCUGGGAUACACUCUCUCUCCAUCAAUGGUCUCGACGAAGGAUCUCCCAGGGAUUUUCGCCUAAGAGACCAUUUUGAACGGAUGAUUUGUAAUAUGGGAAACUAUGGUGCGACGACGACGUUGUUGGAGAUCCCUGGCUUUUUUAUGUAUGAUGCUCAAGGCGACGACGCUCCAUUUCUCCGAACUGUGGGUUCAACGCUACGGGACUACCAGCACGUCGGCAUUGUCAAUGGAACGCAUGGGGGAACGCACUUGGAAGGUCAUGUUUUAUGAAAGGAAGAAGGUGGUCGAGCAUGAUGCUCAAUAUAACCACACCGGCUUCGUUUUCUACACCCUUUAAGAAAAAAAGAACAAAGCUACAAAGAGACACUGCUUAACAUCCUUCCUAAUUAUAAUUAUUUCUCAUCUAUAUGUAAUAAAAUAAUCUGUCUGUCAUACUAGAUCUCUCUAAUUAACCUUGGGAAACCUAUUUCCUUUUGGUCAGUCAUAAGAUAUCAUAAUUGUGCUUUUUAUUUCAUAUGAUGAAUGAAUAAAUAAUAAUUUUAUU